GGGCCACCGGCGCUGCCCCAAGCCGCGGCACGUUCCCGGCGGAAGCGGAAGGGCCGGGCCGGGCGGCGGAGCAGCGGCAGCGGUCGGUAUCGGCGGCGAAAAUGCCUGCAACAUGCGACUUCGUUACACUCCACACUGGGCAGAAGAUGCCUCUCGUGGGACUGGGAACUUGGAAAAGUGACCGUGGCCAAGUGAAGGAGGCAGUGAAACACGCCCUCAGCGUGGGCUAUCGCCACAUCGACUGCGCGGCCGCCUACAGCAACGAAGCCGAGGUUGGGGAGGCCUUCCAGGAAUGUGUUGGGCCCAACAAGAUUAUUAAAAGGGAGGACCUGUUUGUAACAUCAAAGCUCUGGAAUACCAAGCACCACCCAGAAGAUGUAGAGCCAGCGCUGAGGAAAACACUUGGAGAUAUGAAACUGGAUUACCUGGACCUCUACCUCAUGCACUGGCCUCAUGCAUUUGAACGAGGGGACAAUCUUUUCCCAAAGAAUCCUGAUAACACGAUGCGUUAUGACUACACUGAUUAUAAGGAUACCUGGAAGGCUAUGGAGAAACUGGUGGAAAAAGGUCUUGUGAAAGCCAUUGGGCUGUCAAACUUCAACAGUCGUCAGAUCGAUGAUGUACUAAGUGUGGCUACUGUGAAGCCAGCUGUGCUCCAGGUGGAAUGCCAUCCUUACCUAGCUCAGAACGAGCUGAUCGCUCACUGCCAGAAACGAGGCCUGGUGGUCACUGCUUACAGUCCCCUUGGCUCCCCGGAUCGCAUGUGGAAACAACCAGAUGAGCCUGUGCUUCUGGAGGAACCUGGAAUCAAAAAAAUUGCAGAAAAAUACAGCAAGUCACCUGCACAGAUCAUCCUCAGAUGGCAAGUGCAGCGUAAAGUGGUUGUCAUUCCCAAGAGUGUCACUCCUGCUCGCAUUCAGCAGAAUCUCCAGGUGUUUGAUUUCAGCCUCACAGAAGAGGAGAUGAGCCACAUUGGAAGGCUGAAUAGAAACUGGCGUUACAUUGUGCCAAUGAUUACGAUUGAUGGAAAGCUAGUAGCCAGAGAUGCUGGACACCCCCACUACCCCUUCAAUGACCCCUAUUAACUACUAGAAAAUAAGGUGUUAAAAGUAACAAGCUCCUGUGCUUGCCCUUCCACAAAGUAAUUUUUGCCACAAUUUGUCAAAAGCACUGUCCAAAUUAAAACCUUCCUUCCCAAGUAGGUUUUUCUACAAUGUGCUGUACCGUACUUCUAAUCAACCUCAUUCCUGGAGAUCCUGUAACUUCCCUGCCAAAAUUUGUGGAUUUAUUACAAUGACUGCAAGCUUGCUCCUGGAAGCAUCAGAUCUUUUGGAGAUUAGAUAAAGAGUGAUGGAGUCUAAGUCAAGUUCCAAACACAUCGUUAUCAGACUAGGGCAUUACUUCGGGUAAUUACUUUGGUCACUACUGUGAAAUGGUUUUGAAAACUUUAGUUACAACUACUUGCCAUGUCUGUGUUUCCCCUGGCAGGGACUGAUUUUCUGAGUACUGAUGCACCCUUGGACUGGAACUCCAGCUCUAAGCAUAGUUUUAUUUUGUUUCAGUCUCUUAAUGAAUUAUGUGGUCAUCUGGGCACAAAGGGCAUGAGGUGUUUGUACCUAUCUGUGCUCUAGUGGUGAUACCUUAUGUGGCCUUAGCAACAUCAACACUUUAUUUUGGUCCUUCUACCUGUUAAAUAGGAUUAAUUUUUUCUCACAGUAGUAGCAAACAAUUAGAAAAAUAGUCUUGUAUAUCAAAUAGUUCAAAAGUUAAAGAAUUAGACACUAAUUUGGAUAACCUCAUUUGCAAUAGGUCUAUAGCAGAUCUAUGUAUUCAUCUUGAGUGUAGUGCCUUCUCAGAUAAUUCCUGUCCUGGACCUCAAAGUGUGCAGCUGAACUGCAAAAAAACCAGUGACACCUAUUUAUCACUCCUUGUAAACCGCAGACAAAACUUCAGGAACUUCUGUUCUUGGUAAAAUGUUUCCUAAUUCCUGAUGAAUAUGCCUCAGUGGAGGAAGCCAUUGCACCUCAUUUAGGAUUCUUUACUAGACUGGACAUUUUCUCCUAAGGAAAAUGAAAUUCUUGUUGGUUUUUUUUUUAAAUUGUUCUAAUCAAACACUGACUUUGAAUACGGUUCUUGUUGCAAUCAUUAGGGAAGCAAUUGUACUUUGAAGGCAUUCUGUUGACUGCAGUCAUCCUGCCAAGUACAGGGGCUUUUCUUGCUUGUUUCACUUGCAUGUUUGCUUGUUUUAAAUAAACUCUGUACUCACUGUA